AGAAGAAUCUCUUAAUCCAGAAAGACGAGAGCGACGAGACAGAGCACGAAAGUGAGAGCUGCACUGAAAGUUAAAAGCAGCAACACAGAGAGCGGUUCUCCAAACAUUUCCUCAAACAUGACACAGACUAAUCAUGGACUUUUCUGGAGCUGAUUUCUGUUGAAUUUUUCACUUGAAGGAAACCUCAGACGUCUAUAAUGAGCGCUUCUGCAGGGACGGGGGUGUUCAUGCUCUCGCUGAUGUCCAUCCCUUUCUGCUAUUUAUUCAAUUCUCUUAUUUACAACAACGGUGCAGAAGCCUUCUUCUUCGCUGGGUUCUCAGCAGUCCUCAUUCUGACCAUCUCAGUCCGUUUUAUGCUCAAGAAAAAGGCUCCUGUUGAUCGUCUUUUCUACGUGUAUGCAGUGUUUGCAUUCCUGAGUGUGGUAAAUCUGAUCAUUGGGCUGGAGCAAGACAACAUCAUUGAUGGAUUUGUGACGUUUUAUCUCAAAGAGGCAGAACCACACAUUAAUACAGCACAUGGACACAUGAUUUCCUAUUGGGAUGGCUGUGUGCAUUAUCUCAUGUACCUGCUUAUGAUUGCUGCCAUUACGUGGGGGGACAGCUACCGAACAAUUGGACUGUACUGGGUGGGCUCUUUUUCCAUGCGCACUAUGGUCUACAUUCUUGGGAAUGCUGUGGGAAAAUAUGGGACCCAAGUUACUCCUCUCUUCAUCCUCCACAUACUUUACAUCUCAGUGUCUGUGUGGGCUUGCUUCCGGAUCUUCAGUCAGCCCUCUACACAUGAUGCCCAGUUAACAAGCAUUCAGGAGGCACAGCGGACAAGCUUGCUCCAUAGACCACUGGAUUUGCUGUUUAUAGUCUAUCUCAUUCCAGCUUUGGCUUUCUGUGUCUUCAGAGGCAUGGUCGUUCUGGACUGUUCCAGCAAAUGGUGUGAGGACUACGUCCAGCAGUUUGAGCCUUACCUGAAAGAUCCCACAGCCUACCCCAAAGUUCAUAUGCUAGUGAGCAUGUUGUAUUCUGGACCAUACUACAUCAUCACUUUGUAUGGGCUGUUGGUCCCAGGAUGUGAAUGGGUGCCAGAUCUGACUCUUGUGCACUCUGGUGCUCUGGCUCAGGCCCAGUUCUCUCAUAUUGGUGCGUCCCUACAUACACGGACACCGUUCUCUUAUAGAGUGCCGGCUGACAGCCAGUCUGUGUUCUUGCUUGUUAAUGUCCUGUAUGCUCUUGUUCCUCAUGCUCUUUGCUAUCACUGCUGCACACAGCCAGCCUUCUUCCUCAACCCAAAGCAAGAAAAGAAAACACAAUGACUCUGCGCCUCUGGGACAGGUUAUGCUCACCACAGAUGGCAAGAUGCCUUAAGAAAGCCUGAAAAACUCGCACACCCUGCUCUGUCUCUGCAUUUACAAAUUUGCUUUUGUAGCUGGAAUUCCCCCCUUUCAUGUUUUAUGUGCUAAACAGGAGACAUAAUUUGUGCCAUGUCUUGUUGUUUCUGCUGGAAGUCUGAAGAGAAAUUUUACAAGAUGAAGAAGUGUAUUUUGUGUUGUUAAAACAAUAUUUAUGGUUUUUAAUCUACCUGUGCUAAUAUUUUUUGUAGGUUUUUUCUCAAUGAAACUAUUUGUUUUUCAAGUCUGAAGUUUGAAUUGGCAAAAAAUAUUUUGUGUGUAGUGUCUUAUAAUAUUAAGUAUGCAAAAGUUCUCCAUUUAAGUCAUUCAUAAAUAAAUAAAGGUUGGUAUUGUUUUCAGAA